CCCGCCGCUGCCUGCGUUCCCCUCCCACCUCUGGCGGCCCCGCGGAGCCGGGCGGAGCGCGGCCGGGAGCGGCUCCAGGUAUCCACAGUUAGUUAUUGAGGCAAAAUCACUCUGGAGGUUCCAUCUCUGAAAGCUCCGGUUUCCAGAAAUGACAUUUCAACACCAACUUCUCAGCAUUGCCACAGUGGUAGUAGCUAUACUGGGGCAGAACAGGAAUUGCUUCUGGAACUGACCAAGGUCAUAAGAGGGUUGUGACACUUCAGGUUCAAUGUAAUCUCAUUGGGCAACAGCAGUGGAACUUGUCUGUCCAAAAUGGUUUACGGUGAAUUUUUCCGCAGACCUGGCAAAGAUGCAGAACUUAUCAAUUUGAAUGUGGGUGGCUUUAAGCAGUCAGUGGAUCAAAGCACCUUGCUCCGAUUCCCCCAUACUAGACUCGGAAAACUUCUCAAAUGCCAUUCAGAAGAGGCUAUUUUAGAACUGUGUGAUGAUUACAGUGUUGCAGAUAAAGAAUAUUACUUUGACAGAAAUCCUUCCUUGUUCCGAUAUGUUCUGAAUUUUUACUAUACGGGCAAACUCCACGUUAUGGAAGAACUCUGUGUCUUUUCCUUCUGCCAGGAAAUAGAGUACUGGGGGAUAAAUGAGCUGUUUAUUGAUUCCUGCUGCAGCAAUCGGUACCAAGAAAGGAAAGAAGAAGGUCCUGAUAAAGACUGGGAUCAGAAGAGCAAUGACAGUAUAGACUCCUCUAAUGAAGAGUCAUCCAUAUUUGAUAAAGAGCUAGAAAAGUUUGACAAUCUGUGUUUUGGUGAAAUAAGAAGGAAGAUCUGGGUCAGAAUGGAAAAUCCUGCAUACUGCUUGUCUGCCAAGUUAAUUGCCGUGUCAUCCCUGAGUGUUGUCCUGGCAUCAAUUGUGGCCAUGUGCAUUCACAGCAUGCCAGAAUUUCACAGGGUGGAUGCCCAUGACAGGGAGAUUGAAGACCCUGUGCUGGAAGCUGUGGAGAUUACGUGCAUCAUCUGGUUUACUGGUGAACUAGUGAUCAGGCUCAUUGCCGCUCCAAGUCAAAAGAAGUUCUGGAAGAAACCACUGAAUAUCAUUGAUUUUGUCUCUAUUAUCCCAUUUUAUGCCACACUGGCUGUGGACACAAAGGAAGAAGAAAGCGAAGAUAUUGAAAACAUGGGGAAAGUGGUUCAGAUCCUGCGGCUAAUGAGGAUAUUUCGCAUCCUGAAGCUGGCCAGACAUUCCGUAGGACUGCGGUCUUUAGGUGCCACUCUGAGACAUAGCUAUCAAGAAGUUGGACUGCUGCUUUUGUUUUUGUCUGUUGGGAUUUCUAUUUUUUCAGUGCUUGUCUACUCAGUGGAGAAAGAUGAUGACUCAUCAGAACUGCAAAGCAUCCCUAUUUGCUGGUGGUGGGCAACCAUCAGCAUGACCACUGUUGGUUAUGGGGACACUUACCCAGUCACUCUUGCUGGAAAGCUGCUCGGCACCCUAUGCAUUAUCUGUGGGAUACUGGUGGUAGCACUUCCAAUCACCAUCAUUUUCAAUAAGUUUUCUAAGUACUAUCAAAAACAAAAAGCUAUUGAUACAGACCAAUGCAACAAUGAUCGCAAAGAGAAGUGUAAUGACCUACCCUAUUUUAACAUUAGGGAUAUUUAUGCAAAAAAGAUGCACUCUUUCAUUUCUAGCCUUUCUUCAGUAGGAAUUGUAGUCAGCGACCAAGAUUCAACAGAUGCCUCCAGUAUCCAAGAUAUGGAGGAUGUUUAUAACCCGGUAUCUUUAGAGAAUAGUACAGGAAAAUGAGUUGAACCUUGUUCUCUUCCCUUUAUUUCUCUUCUGAUUCUUGGUAAAUGUGGACUUAAAAACUUCUGUGAAUUCAUUAAAAGCAGUCAAUUCUCAGGGUACUUAACUCUCAGCCAUAUUUGGACAUUCUUUGCUCUGAGGAUGCCAUAAAAACUUCAUUGAUUUAAUGAGGCUUUAAAAUAUGCCUCAUGUGGUGGUUUAGUUUUUACACACUAAUGUUAUGCAUUUUUGGGGAGAAAAAGUUGGGAAAACAGUUUUGAAUAUGAGAUCAGUGUUUUUUUGGUUUUGUUAGUAUUGUUGUUUGAUUUUUUGUUUGUUUUUUUCCCCUGCAGCAGUCUGAUAUCUUAUACAGAAUUGGCUAUUGCGAUUUGCUGCUCUUCAGGUAGAGAUAUAUUACAAACAUGUAAGAACUAUUGCACAAGUUAGUGAAGUUUUUACCUGCAAAUACAUUAGAUGAAAGAAGGAAUUAUGUAUACAUAAAUCUAUGCUCACUAACAUAUUUAUGUAAUCGUAGAGUUGGGAACCUGUUUCCUAAGUCGGGGCAGAAAAUAUAUUGGUACAUAAUGUUUUUACUCCGUGGAAGCAUAAUAUUUAUGAAUUUCUUUCCAAAAGCACAAUACACUUUUAGUUUGUUAAAAUAAAUUAUUCCCAUUGUGCCUAUAAUUUUCCCAGGGUCCAGCAUGGCCAAACUCUAUCAGGUCCAAAAGGGUGUAAAUCAUAAGUCCCAUGAUGAAGUAUCUGGUGUAGGCAGGACAGAAGCUUUUUGCACCGUUUAGCCACCUUUUCUGCCACUGUGAACCUGAGCAAUUCUGGUGCCUGGAGAGGAUCCUGUGUGAUUAAGACCUCCCCUCUGGCUUCCCCAGAGACCUUGUUUUGUGGGCACUGGAGCAAACACCAGUGGUGGUCUUUAGAAGUUACUGCUCCAUACUGUGAGCACUGCCCCUUGCUGGAGGUUCUGCCUUGUGGGUAGGAGCAGUGUGAGCAGCAUCUUCAGUUGUGCUGAAGUUGGUCUGAGUCUGGGGCUGUAGUGCCAAGCAGUGGAGAUGUGAGGACAUGCUCUUCUCUGCCAUAUAUUGCCCAUCAGAUGGACGAGAUGUAGGAUGGGCACUGCAUGUUUAAACUAUUUCAUCUCCUUUUUCUAAAGCUCAUCUGCUGGUGAUGGCAGCUUUCCAGGUGUGUGCUAUGCACUGGAGCAGUGCUCAGUGCCUGGCAGAGUGCUGCAGCUCUGUGCAUUCCUCUCAUCUCCAAGGAUUUCUUAUGCAGCUGGCUAAUUCUGCUCUGUUUCAAACAGGUUCUUCUAGGGUAAUUUGAAAGGAAAACCAGUCCUUGAGCCUAGCAUAAAGGAGUGCUGGAGAAGCUCAAGGAC